AUGGCUACACCGAAGUCCGCAUGUUCAGCAACGUUACCGUCGCGCGGCAAACAGCCAUGUGCACGCAGGCAUUCAUCAGAGACAUUGACGGCACUUUUACAACAACGUCAGCUGGGGAUUCCAACUACACAACGGAUCCGCUCGAAGGCCUCAAACAACCUGGAAUUAUGCAGAACCUGGAGAGGUGCUUCAGGGGAUGUGAUUGUUCUGGGCUGGUCGCCCGAUGGUACUAGGUUUGCAGCCGGCGCAGCCGCCCAGUGUGAUCACCACAACAUGGCAUACAACCGCAAUAAUAAUUUGCUGGUUGGAGAUUUAACCAAGAAUUCUCUAGAGGAGCUGCCAUAUCACUGGGUACGUCGACCUCCGACCAGAGCUGCAGCUAAUCCAAAUCUACACGACGCUCGUCUGUUUAUGAGUGUGACGGCUGUUGAGUGGUGGGAUGACGCUCUAUUCACUGCGAGCUACGAUAACACUGUCAAGCUAUGGCAACCGACAAGCAGGAGUGCGGAAAAUCACAAACGCCUGUGGCAUGAUUCCAGGGUAGAAGUGAUGGCUCGCUCAAGCUAUACACCAAAUUUACUAGCCACAGGGACUCGUUCCAUUGGCCUCUGGCGACUAGAAGAAAUGGACUAUCAGCCUCUUGAAGCCCGCGAACGUCGAUCGAAUAAGGCUAUAGAGAUGGUACCGUCCUCUUUGGCAUGGGGUAACACUCAAGCAACGGGGAAUAUUCUCCUGGCCGGCAUGUCAGAAAAAGGCCACGAGAGUCUCACACCAGAUGGUCAGUUAGCAGGUUGGCAUGUAGGCGAAGCUUCAAUAACGCCUCUCAGCCUCUCGCCCAGCUCACAGAACGUGUAUGACAUCAAGUGGCAUCCCUCAUUACCGUAUGCUGCAGUAGCAAACUAUAUAGGCCACUCGAUAAGCAAAGCCUACAAGGAAAGCAGAUCAUCUGUUCGCCUUUAUCAGCCGCUGUCAUCAAAGGUGACAUACAUGGAAUUUGAGUGUCCUGCCUUGGACAUCAACGAUGUGACAUUUUGUCCCAUGAAUACCAACUACGUCACUGCCAGUUGCACCGACGGCGCAACAUAUGUCUGGGACUUUCGCAAUCCGGCAAGAAUUCUCCACGAGCUCCGACAUGGCGAACCGCUGAAUCCAUGGGAUGAGAAUCUUGGCCGGGAACAAGCAGAUGUUGGAGUGAGGGCAGCCCUAUGGGGCAGUACGAUUGGCGAGUUCUACAGCGGGGGUUCGGACGGUGUUCUGAAGAGGUGGAAUAUUCUUCGAGCCCCAGAAGAUGCUCUGGACCAAGACGUCGCGAAUUUCAAUGAGGAAAUCAUGAGUCUAUCUUUCUCACCAGACAAGUCCAAUCUCCUAGUAGGGGAUGCUGCUGGCGGGGUUCACAUUUUAUCCUCUGGGCCCUUCUCGCGCACAGAGCAGUGUUCAAUCGACUACAAACCUGCAUCUCCGCCACCAGAGAGCAUGCCCUUCGAGGACACUGAAUCAGGAAUCGCAGCCGGUGCCGAGCUACUGCGGUCUGGCCAGCUUGAACGGCACCCACUUUUCGGGGUCGGACAAGGCCCGUACUACGACGGUCCAUUCGCAGCAUGGGCCCGCCCAGAAGGCACUCCGCUGGACGAGAUCGCAUACACGAUGCUGGCGGACGAAUGCCAGGCCCGCCAGAUCGAUGGACUGGAUCCUAAAUACCGACUCGGGUUGACCGAGGAAGAAAAACAGCAGGUUGCUGCUCAGAGGAGGCUAGCACAGAUCCGGAACCAGCGGGCUGGUUACAAGAAGAGGAUCCGUGAAGACACCACGAGCGUAAUAAAUCUGUGCAGCGACGAUGACGUCAAGCCCCCCACAUCCCCCGACAACUCCAAGCGGCGAUUAGCGAAGCCCAAAAUAACAGUUUCGGAGAUCGAAGUGAUCGAUCUGACUGGAGAUCCGGUGCAGCUUCCCGAUCGUCCAGUCUCGGCUAGGCCGAUGCCCACUCGCCUGUGGAGUCUUGUGGAUGAAGAUCUGGCAGAAACGCUGGAGGAAGAUCAUUGGUGGCCACCUAAUGAAACUGUUGAUGCGAACAUUCAGGACAUGGACUGUAUAUGA